UAGUUUCGCCUGAUACUUCUCUCCGGGCGUUGGCAAGGUUGCGCAAAUUACUGCGCAGAGAAUACAGACAUAUGCAAAUAAGAUGUUGUUUACGCCAUCUUGAAUUCGGUUGUCUGUAUAGAAGCCUAUCUGGGAAAUAUCUAAACGUCUGGACACCAUCGAGGGCUAACAGACAACCCAUAUUGUACAAGAAAGCCUUGAAAUGGCUAAUACCGAUGGUAAGCUGUCGACUACGGAAAGGGUCGUCAAAAGUGUGCCCUUUCCGCCGAGUCAUAGGCUUACUAUGAGUGAAGUGUUUGAUGGUAAAGGGAAACCAAGACCAGACGUUUUGAAGCAACAUUUCAUCUUAGAGGGGCGUGUAACUGAAGAUGUAGCUUUGCGCCUCAUCAAUGAGGGUGCAGCUCUGCUGAGGCAGGAGAAGACAAUGAUAGACAUAGAGGCACCAGUUACAGUGUGUGGAGAUAUACAUGGUCAGUUUUAUGAUCUUAUGAAGUUAUUUGAAGUUGGUGGUCCCCCAGCCACAACACGCUACCUCUUUUUAGGAGACUAUGUAGACAGAGGAUAUUUUAGCAUAGAGUGUGUUUUGUACUUAUGGGCAUUGAAAAUCCUUUAUCCCAACACAUUUUUCCUGUUGCGGGGCAACCAUGAAUGUAGGCAUCUCACAGAGUAUUUCACAUUUAAACAAGAAUGUAAAAUUAAAUACACAGAAAGAGUGUAUGAUGCUUGUAUGGACGCAUUUGACUGUCUGCCCCUAGCAGCUUUAAUGAAUCAACAGUUCUUGUGUGUUCAUGGAGGGCUUUCACCAGAAAUCCACACGUUAGAAGAUAUAAGAAAGUUGGAUAGGUUCAAAGAGCCACCAGCUUUUGGUCCGAUGUGUGAUUUGUUGUGGUCAGACCCAUUGGAGGACUUCGGCAACGAGAAAACAACAGAACAUUUUACUCACAAUAGUGUUAGGGGUUGCUCAUAUUUCUACAGCUAUGCAGCAUGUUGUGAUUUCUUGCAACAGAAUAAUCUAUUGUCAAUCAUUCGAGCACAUGAAGCACAAGAUGCUGGAUACAGAAUGUACAGGAAAAGUCAAACAACAGGUUUCCCCUCACUUAUCACGAUAUUUUCAGCACCAAAUUACUUGGAUGUGUACAACAAUAAAGCUGCCAUUCUAAAGUAUGAAAAUAAUGUAAUGAAUAUCCGGCAGUUCAACUGUUCGCCACAUCCAUACUGGUUACCAAACUUCAUGGAUGUGUUCACAUGGUCUCUUCCAUUUGUUGGGGAAAAGGUGACAGAAAUGCUGGUCAAUGUUCUCAACAUCUGCUCAGAUGAUGAGUUAAUGACAGAAGGAGAUGAUAGUUUCGAAGGGCAGCACAAUGUCAAUGUUGCAGCAAGAAAAGAAGUGAUCAGAAACAAGAUCCGUGCAAUUGGCAAGAUGGCUAGAGUGUUCACUGUGCUCAGAGAGGAAAGUGAAAGUGUUCUCCAGCUGAAAGGGCUGACACCAAAUGGACUGCUGCCAUUGGGAGCACUCUCCGGAGGAAAACACACAUUACAGAGUGCUCUGAGCGGGUUUUCACCUAAUCAUAAGAUCAGUGGAUUUGAAGAAGCAAAAUGCCUGGACAAGAUGAAUGAGCGGAUGCCACCUCGAAAAGACUCAGUAAACAAUGCUAACAACAAGGACAAGGCGUAAAAAAAACAAAACAAAACAAAAAAAAAUCAGUAUAGAUGAAGACCGAAUGAACAGGCCUCCCAGUGUGGUGCACAGUGAUCUGCUCUACAGUCACUUCAGACAGAAAACAGACUUCAUGUGACAGUUACCCUUAUCCACUGGUGUUUUCCGAGUUUUAUAGAUCUCUUCUCAAUUCCAUUACACCAGCUUUGAAAUCCAUCUUAUGUUUAUUAUAUGUCCACUACCACAUAAAACUGUGGGAUGUUCCUCCCUGGGGCACUUGACAGGUUCCCGUGUAUUCUCCCACAUUCACUGUGUACAUAGUUCUCCAGCCUUCUGUGUUGGAGUGACUGCAUGGAAUCCCAGUCGGAGGCCAGCUGUCUUCUUGGUCAAGGGGAGAUAACCCUGUGUCUUGCGGUCGGACUACUGGAGACGGUUAUUUAUUGAACAAGAAGCUGAAGUGUAUUGAUGAUAGCGAACAUGACGAGGUAGACAUGGAUGGUUUCACAGAUUAUCACUUGAGUUUGAACUAUAUACUCAUGACAUAACAUGGAUUAUUAUCAGUUACACUGCAUGUGACUUAGCAGUUAAGAAAAGGGUGAAAGUGUUUGGAUGUCUACAGAGAAAACAACAGCUGACAACACAAGUAACACUAUGUUAGCCAUGUGGUUGGUCUAAAUGUUUAUCUUCUUGCUGACAAUAAUCUGAAGUUUUCCUGUUAACUGACUCGUUUACUAUCAUAAAGCUUCACAUUCAAACUGUUACCAGUUGAAUUUCAUCGCAUUGUGUAACUGUUAUCUUACCUUUCCCAAACCACUGUCGUACUGGACACAGUAUGUUUAUGUUGUUACCUAUUGCAUGUGUCAAAGGCCGGCCUACAUUCUGGGAAUGUUUGUAGCCAUUUUCUGGUGGUGUUCAUCCUGCUCUUGCCAGUUCCACCUCUGUCCUGUGUCGACUGUGAGUGCUCUACACCUGGUGGCCAUACUUCUCCAUUUCAUGGCAACGAGGAACCUCAUACAAAGUAGUUAACCAAUUUGCCAUCUAUUAUUAGAAGUGUUAGUAAAGUGUGAAUUUACCUGUUGACUUUAAAGAGUGUUUAUUUGUUUGAAGUCAAGUGUUACAUGCUGGAAGCUACUAUUGUUACUUUGUCAUCACUGCCAUAUUUGUUUUCUUCUUUUAGUACAUUUUUUAUCUCGAGUUAAAGUGUAGGUGUGAUAUUUUUUGUUUGUACCCUCUAUAUAAUGUGAAACCUUACCAGUGCUAAUUAUAUUUGGUUUCCUUUUCUUUUUCUCUACGAAAACAAGUUUUCAGCAGUAGCAUUACAGUUAAUGCUACAGAGGAUGUAUACCUUUUUUUUUUUUUUUGACUACUAAACUGUGUGAUUGUAUUGAAAACUGUGAUGUAGUGCUUUGUUGGCAGUUUUGGAAAAAGCUUAGAAAAUUUCUGUGUUGUGGGUUCCAAGAUGAAUUUUCAGUGGUGAAGAAUGAACACUCAGAUUGCAUGCGAAUAUUUUAUAUUUGCUUUUAUGAAUUAGUCGGCAAAUCACCUGUUUUUGGUCUUACAUGACUUUUUGCCAUUGCCAUGGCCAAUUUUGCCAUGAAUUAGCCAUUGCGUUGCCUGUUAAAAUGCUAUUGCAGUUCUACAUGGUACAGUGGCAAAUGGUGUUCGUAGGUCAUAUCAGGUGAAUAGCGUAAUGUUAAAUUACAGUGUUCUGUGUUUUAUUUCUCCAUGAAUCCUGAUGGCUUGUGGAAUGGUGUAAUCUAACCACAUCAUAAAUCCAGAUAUUGAAUAUUUAUUAUUAUUAUCUAUUUGAAUUGCUGUUAAGUACUGUGGUUGUGAGCAAGUUGUUGGACAUUUUACACUUUUGCAAUUUACAGUUUUUAUCUUCAAAAACAAUUUAGAUGUUGUAGUGUACACACAAUAUAAUUAAAACAGUUAAUUAUACACACAAUAAGUGUUUGUUGACCUAAAAAGCACCAUUCAGCACAAAAUAAUUCAUUCUAAGUGACACAGUUAAUGAAUUAUUAGUGGUAGUUGUUGCAAGUACAUGUCAUAGUAUAGUCAUGUCUCAAGCAUUUUCAUUGUUACAUUGCAGAAGAAAAGAGGGAAAAAGUUCCAAAAAAAAAAAAAAAAGGAAAAAAAAUUUUUUAAAGACUUAGUAUCUUAUAUUGUACGUGGAUAGCUUCCUAAUGUACUGUUCCUGCUGAUAACUCGGCAGUGUAUAUUUCUACCAUACUUGACCUGGAGAUUUACCCUGAGCCUUUGAACAUGGCUCAUCUUGAGGUGAUGUAAAAACUUCACAGCUGGCAUAAUGUUCUGGGGUGGGCUGUGACAGACUGGACUUGGGGACCUGCACUGCUCAACUUGACAGGACCUACUAGUGUAAAUAAAAAUGGCUAAAAUAUUAAUAUAUUUAUAGGUGGUCUGUGGUAAGACUUCCUCCCUUAUUUUCCAAUGCUACCAAAUACUGAGGCUUACUGUACAAACUAUUAGGGAAAUUACCCCUUGUAUGUAUAAUAAUGCCUUGUAUAGAAGAUUUUAUUAACAUUAUUACCUUCGAUGUUUUCAAAUUUUACUCGAUCUUUUUUCAUUAUUUUGUCUAUUUGUCAGGACAUAUUUGUUGUAAAUCAUGCAUGUAUUCAUACUUGUCAACAUUUAAGUGUUCAAAAUAAACCAAGAAAAAUUACUCGCCCUUGA